UUUUUUUCAGAAUUACAACUAACCAAAAACAACAACAACAACAAUAGCACUUCGUUACCCCCACCACCAUCAUAUUUAAUUAAUAAUAAUGGAAACAAUAAUAAAUUAAAUGAAGAAAUGAAAAAUAUUAAAUUAAAUGAAGAUUAUAAUCAAGCAAGUUUAGAUAGUAAUGUAUCUAAUGCUUUUAAACGGGCAAUGAAUGGACAGGGAGAUUAUACUUUUUUACAAGAAUUGAGCACAGACGAAUUACUUCUACGCAAAGAACGUUUAGAAAAAGAAAUGGAAUCAGAAUUACACGAAUUACAAGCGCGUUAUCAUGCUAAACGCAAAGCUAUAUUAGAUGCUAUUGCGUUAAAAAAGAAUGGAACUGUUCAGUUUUAAACAAAAUUUUGGAAAAUAUUUAAAGAAGGAUAUGAAAUACGCAAAAAUGACCCUUUUUGUAUGCAUUUUUUGUAAUUUUUAAAGUUUGUCAAUUUUUUUUAUUUCUGUGAUUUGUAGAGUAAAAACAUGUGCCCCUCUCCCCUUCUAAAUAUUUUGUUUUUAAUUUUUGUACGAUAAAAUGUGAAACGAAAAAAAAUAUAAAUUU